UUAGACUCUCACUGCGGAUUGGCUGAGAUUAACAUCCAUUUGCUGAUAAACCUGUAUGUAUAAAACUGGAGGAAACGUUGAGGUUAUUUAUCCGGUUUUGUGUCUUCAAGGAACAACAAUGAUGUGGAAACUGGCUUUUCCUUUCCUGGCAGCUCUGCUUGCUGUUGGGUUGGGUCGACACCAAGACGGCGGGAUAGAUGCAAACGCCAACGAUCCAGACGUCCAGACAGCUCUGAAAGUUGCCAUUGAUGGAUACAACGACGCCUCCCCAGACAUUUACCUCUACAAAGUGGUGACGGUUAUGAGGGUUCAGAAAAAGAUGGUGGAAGGUUACAUGUACACCCUGUCUGUGGUUAUAGCAAGAACCGUGUGCAAAAAGGACAGAAGGCAUGGCUGGUGCCAUAUCUUCCUGAAUCCACCUCAGGCCAAGUUUCAGCGAUGCACCUUUGUGGUGUUAAACGGUGGGUUUAUACCACAAUGGGGGCUGCUGGAACAGAGAUGCUACUAAGAGAAAAUCACCAGGAUUCUUCUGGACUGAAGUUGUUUGUGGAUAAACUAUGAAACACUAAAAUACCAUUUGACCAAUAAAACCUUCAAUUUGC